AUGCAAGACAACAGAGAAGCGACGGCGAGUACAGAAGAACAGGAAGAAGGAGCAGAAGGAGAAGAAAAUGAUUCAAUGGACUUUCCUGAGGAGGAGAGCGACCAGUGUGAAUCUCUUUUCGACUAUGUUUCGCUAAAAGGCGGAGCUUACCGAGACUUAACUCAUGAAGAAGUGAUACGCAUGCGAGAGGCUUACCAACAGAAACUCCUUUUAGAUAGACGCGUGCGCUGGCUCAAGGCCAGAGCCCUCCCAGACCCCGAAAGAGAAGCAGCAGCAAUAAUCAAACAGCACAGCAACCCUCAAACAGAAGACUCCCUUGUCAAGUCGUUGGGUAUGGAUGACGGUGUGAGGGCAGCGCGGCGCAUAGUUCGAAUGGAAGCAGAUGCAGAGCGCCAAGAGCUGGCAUCUCGCAUAAGAGCAAAGAUACGUGAGGAGAAACUUGCAAAUGCAAAGCUCAUGAAGGCUGCAUUGCCAAAUGUUCAAGGCCAGAUCAUAGACCCCAUAAAGUUCCACGUUGCCCGCAGAACCGUCCGCCAAGCUCGACUCUUGCAGUCGCAGUUAGAAGAGUUCCUCACUUGGAACUCUGCGGAGGUUCUCUACGGCCUCCUGGGUGGAGCUUCAGUUUCGAUCCACCAUGUGGAACAGCAGACGACCAGGUGA